AGCUGUUGACGUUCUAUUGUUGACAUUCGAGAAAGCUCACCCUGUCUACGCUCCAUUUGUGUUCCACAAUUUCGCACAAAAAGCACCAGCACAGCACCGGCAUCCUGCAAAAUGUCGCUUAAUCUUGGUGAUCCUUUCCCAAACUUUACCGUCGACACCACCAUCGGGCCGAUCGAUUUCCACCAGUGGAUCGGCGACGGCUGGGCAAUUCUGUUUUCGCACCCCGCCGACUACACGCCCGUCUGCACGACGGAACUGGCGGCGGUGGCCAAGCUGGUGCCCGAGUUCGCCAAGCGCAACGUGAAACCGAUUGCCCUGUCGUGCGAUUCGGUCGAGUCGCACCGUGGCUGGAUCGAGGACAUCAAAGCGUACGGCCAGCUGGCCGCGGCCGACCCAUUUCCCUUCCCGAUCAUUGACGAUUCGAAGCGCGAGCUGGCGGUCAAGCUGAACAUGCUGGACAGGGACGAGAUAGGAUCGGCGGGUCUUCCCCUAACCUGCCGCGCUGUGUUUGUGAUCGAUGCGGGCAAAAAGCUGCGCCUGUCCAUCCUCUACCCAGCGACGACCGGGCGCAACUUUGCGGAAAUUCUGCGCACCAUCGACUCGAUGCAGCUGACGGACAAACGCCGGGUGGCAACGCCGGCCGAUUGGAUGCCGGGCGAUAGCUGCAUGGUACAGCCGACAGUUCCGGCGGAUCAGCUGGCCACACUGUUUCCUGCCGGCGUGGACAGUGUCACGCUACCGUCCGGCAAGCAGUAUCUACGCAAAACCGAGUGCCCGAACUGACGUCAUGCGGGGUGUCAUAUGCGAGGAAUUUAACGUAAAAGAUACUUAAAAUUGCAACCAUUGGUACGUAUCGGCGCCAGUAGAUUAAAUUCGGGUCACGUGGUAGUGAUUGGAACAAAUUUGCAUUUUUGUACAUUGGAUUUACAACAAAUAGUUGGAUAGGCGGGGGGAAAAUAUAUAUUUCUCUUCUCGGCGCUUAAAGCGUCCGUUGACU